UUUUUGUGAAAAAUGCUUUUAAGUGAUAUUAUUAGUCGAAAAGUAGAGAAUUCCGUUUACAUUAUAGCGGAAAUUGGACAAAAUCAUCAGGGAUGCUUGGAUAUGGCAAAAAAAAUGAUCUUAGAAGCCAAAAAAGCUGGCUGUCAUUGUGUAAAGUUCCAAAAAUCUGACCUCAAAGAAAAGUUCACUCGAUCUGCUCUAGAUCGUGAAUAUAUAAGCGAGAAUUCUUGGGGAAAAACUUACGGAGAACACAAGGAGUAUCUCGAAUUUUCCAAAGAUCAGUAUAAGGAACUACAAGCUUAUAGCCGGGAUAUAAAUGUGGACUUUACAGCAUCCGCCAUGGAUGAGAAUUCCUUAGAUUUCCUGGUUGACUUUAAAGUUCCGUUUAUUAAAAUCGGUUCCGGAGAUGCAAACAACUUUUUACUUCUGAAAAAGGCAGCUAAGCUGGACAUUCCUUUGGUUAUAUCCACGGGUAUGCAAACAAUGGAGACGGUCGAGAAGAUUGUCCAAACUAUGGAGGACGCAGGGAAGAAGGACUACGCCCUGAUGCACUGCGUCUCAGCGUACCCAACAUUGCCUGAAGACUGCAAUCUUCAAUUAAUUCGAAUGUUUAAAAGGCGUUUGCCCAAUGUGACUAUUGGCUACUCUGGACAUGAACUAGGUAUUUUGCUUACCCAAGCCGCCGUCUUACUAGGAGCUCGAAUAGUAGAGCGCCAUUUUACGUUGGACAAAAAUCAAAAAGGUUCAGACCACCGUUGUUCCCUGGAGCCCAAUGAGCUUCGCGAGUUGAUAGAAAAAAUCAAUCAUUUCGAGUUGAAAAAUAAUUCGCUUUCUGUGGGGGAUGUGAUGCAGAAACUAAAUGGAGGUCAGGAUCUUGUAAAGGCUCUUCGAGAUGUACGUGAGAAAGAGAUUUUACUCUGUGAGCUACCAUGCCGGGAUAAGUUGGGAAAAUCUAUUGUAGCAGCUCGCAGCCUACCCAAAGGCCAUAUCCUGGAACCAUCGGACAUGGCAAUCAAAGUAAGCCAACCCAACGGCGAGACAGCAGAAAAAUAUUUCGAUUUAAUCGGUAAAGAAUUGAUUGUCAAUGUUGGUGAGGAUGAACCCAUAACUGGGAGUAUGCUAUUUAUUUAGGGCAUGAGAUUUUGCAACUACAUGAAGUGCAUAGUGAAAUAAAUAUGAACA